UUUUUUUUUUCUUCUUCUUCCUCUGGUUUGGAUGUGAAAAGGGGCUUGACGGGGAAAUAGGUGCAGCGAAGCCCAAAUUGGAGUGUUUAGUUUCUCCAAGCGGUGAGAAACUUGGCUGAUGGAGAAACCAUGAAGGAGAGCAUUAAUCGCUUGAAAUUUUUCCUGUGGCUGGGAAAAACAGCGUUGCUACAAAAUUCCCACUUCUUGUAAUAGGUCCACAGAAAGCUGGAAAGUGUGAAAAUGCCACAGCCCGCGCCACAGGGACCCCCCGAGAAGGGGAAAAUGACUGUGAUGCUUGCUCUAGUGACCCUCAUCGCAGCCUUCGGAUCAUCCUUCCAGUAUGGAUAUAAUGUCUCUGUGAUCAAUUCUCCAGCACCGUUCAUGCAACAAUUUUACAAUGAAACGUACCAGGGACGGUACAAUAAAUAUAUGGACGAGAGCUUGAUGACUGCCCUCUGGUCUCUGAGUGUGUCCUUCUUCCCACUUGGGGGUUUCUUUGGAUCGCUGAUGGUGGGGCCCAUGGUGAACAACUGUGGCAGAAAGGGCACCCUCCUCCUCAACAACAUCUUCUCCAUCAUCCCCGCCAUCCUCAUGGGGAUCUCCAAGGUAGCCAAGACCUUCGAAGUGAUCAUCAUUUGCCGCAUCAUUAUUGGCAUCUGCGCAGGCCUUUCUUCCAACGUUGUCCCCAUGUACCUUGGAGAGAUGUCCCCCAAAAACCUCCGAGGAGCCAUCGGGGUGAUGCCGCAGCUGUUCAUCACAGUGGGAAUCCUGGCGGCUCAGAUUCUCGGGAUGAGAAUGAUCCUCGGAAGCGCCGAAGGGUGGCCGCUCCUCAUAGGUCUGACGGGAGUCCCUGCCAUGUUACAACUUAUCCUCCUGCCCUUUUGCCCCGAGAGUCCCCGUUACCUGCUGAUCCAGAAAGGCGACGAAGAGGGCGCUAGAGCAGGUACGCUUCCUGCUUCUAGGAAUCCCGGCUGUCCUCGCCUUACGGCCACAAUUGAGCCCAGUUGCAGACCACAGGCGAUCUGGUGGAUGCCCUACAUCAGCAUUGCCUGCGUAAUCAUUUACGUCGUGGGACAUGCCAUUGGCGCAAGCCCAAUUCCGAGCGUUAUGAUAAUGGAAAUGUUUCUCCAGUCUUCUCGUCCGGCUGCCUUCAUGGUGGGAGGUUCGGUGCAUUGGCUGUCGAAUUUCACCGUGGGGCUGGUUUUCAGCUAUUUGGAGCAAGGGCUGGGCCCCUACUGCUUCCUCAUUUUUGGCGCCGUCUGUUUGGCCACCGCCGUCUACAUCUUUCUUAUUGUCCCCGAAACCAAGAACAAAACCUUUAUGGAGAUCAACCAGAUCAUGGCUAAGAGGAACGGUACCGAAGAUCCGGCCGAGAAAGACGAAUUGAAAGAUUUCACUGCCGUUUCCGUGCCGUACAACAAGAAAAUGGAUGGUGAAAGAAGCAGCGCAUUGUAAGGUCUUGGCAACGGUCAAAUUUUUCCCCGUGUAAAGCCACCAAACAAUCUACCUUAAGCAUCUCUGGUUUGCAACUCCCCUGGCGUCUCCUUUCCUCGCUGUUGGACAAAAACUUAUUUCAAGGAGAAAACAGGAUGACCAAACUUUUGCCAUUUUUCGGCCGUUGCCUUCCAAGCUGGGCCUGGAGUUAGCGAGAUUUUGCGCGGAAUAAGAUCCUGGGUUUGGAAGAGAUGCAGCUAAUCUGGGUGUAAUGCUCGGGGAAAAAAAAAAAGGAUUUUCCAUCGGGUGGACUCUGAAAAAAAUUAUCAGUAUUUUGUUGUUGUUGUUCUUGAAUAGGGAUGCAUUUGGGCUCCCUUAUGUGGGAGCAUGUAAAUAAUUUUCACUUAAUAAUGUUGGGCUUCUGUUUUUAGAUAACACCUAAUUUAACUGUGGAAAGAGUCUCCCCCUCUAAAGUGGAGAGGUGAAUUUUGUGACACACACACACACACAACCCAGGGGUCUUGAAGAUGUGUUAGAUGAAGUGCCUUUAGUUAGUUAGAUGAAAUGAAAAGAAAUAGCUUUGCAAAUGGGUUAGAUUAAAAGCCUUAUUUUCCCAAGUCAGGCCAAUCCCUGGCUGUCUUAUUAUAACACAACUGCAUUUUGCAAGUUUUAUGCUAUACCACAGUGGUCUCUUUGAAAAGUGUUUGUUUCUGCCCCAAUGUUCAUGAGAACCACUUCUAAAUUUAACAAAACCAUCUCAACUUUUUCUUCCGGGUCCCAGGCGGUUAAAAAUUUGAGAUAGGAAAACAUUUCCUAAAUGUAGAAAGCUAGCCUCUCAAGGGGUUUCAUCUUAGCCAGGAUCUAGCCAGGAUGCUAGAUAUCACUCAUGCAUUCUUUUUGGAGGCAGAUCUACAGAUCCCUGCAUUCAAGGUAAGCCUGCAGUGGAUUUAGAGGCCACCUUAAAAAUAAUUUCCACCCCAGGGGAUAUUUUCUACAACUGAAUUUAACUUGGGCUCUGAACAAUUUGCCAGUUUUCUAUUUCUUUUGUCAUUUUUAUUUUUGCUUUCCAAAACAGGUUGCUGUGUUUGUUUCCCUUGCAACCAGAAUCAACUUUUUUCAAAGCAAACCUGAUUUUUUUUAAAAAAAUAUCCGCAAAUUGAGAAGUAGCGAAGAGAAUGUUGUACAUAUCUUGAAAUAGGUUUUUUUGUGUUUUUUUUCUUUAGUUUCUUUUCACUGGGUAUUUUCCCGCCAAAGUAUGGGGGAAUUAUACUUUUGCACAAACAGGUGUAUUUUAUUUUAUUAUUUUGAGUGCUGCGAAAUAAAACAUAGUUGUUGGA